AUGUCUCGCAACGAGGAUUAUCAGGUCCCGACCACUUCUCAGGGCUUCGGGAAGGAGUCUGGCUCUGGAGGUUAUGGCCGCGACUACGGUGAGAGCAGCGGCGGCGUCAUGUACUACACCUGCGGCGACUGCGCGGUGCGCGUCCCCCUGGAGAAGGGCGCUCCUAUCCGCUGCCAGAAGUGUGGCGCGCGUGUGCUGUACAAGGAGCGCACCAAGAGGAUGGUUCAGUUCGAGGCGCGGUAG